CUGAUCCAACUACUACUUUCAUCAUCGUCAUCUCCAAGCUCCAACUCCAUGUCUCCAAUAGUAUCAGCUAUAUUCUUGGUCCUUCUCGGAUCUCUCUUGCCUUUCAUUCGUUACCUUCUGCGCUGCGCCGGAAACUACAAAAAUGGCCAGAAACUACCCCCGGGUCCCCGACCCCUACCAAUCAUUGGUAACCUCCACAUUCUAGGGAACCUUCCCCACCGAUCUCUUUACCAUUUAGCCAAAGAUUAUGGCCCCAUCAUGUCGUUGAGGCUAGGCUCUGUACCAACCAUCGUGGUAUCGUCUUCACAAGCAGCUGAGCUGUUUCUUAAGACCUAUGAUUCCAUUUUCGCUAGCCGUCCAAAACUCCAAGCUUCUCUCAUGUCCUAUGAUUCCAAGGGCAUGGCUUUCACUGAAUACGGUUCCCAUUGGCGCUACACGAGGAAGUUGUCUGCACUACACCUUCUCAGUGCAUCCAAAGUUGAGUCUUUUGCACCGAUGAGAAGGGAAAAGAUGGGGUCACUGGUGGAUUCAUUGAAGAAAGCAGCGGCGGCGAAGGAGGUGGUGGAUUUCAGUGCAAGGGUUGAGGCAGUCAUACAGAACAUGACUUAUAAAAUGGUGUUUGGAGGAAGUGACGAUGAUGAGUUCGACAUGAAGUCGCUUAUUAUGGAAAAUAUGAACUUGGCAGGAGCAUUCAAUGUAGCUGAUUAUGUGCCUUGCUUAGCAGCAUUUGACCUUCAGGGAUUGACAAGGCGUAUGAAGGCUUUCAGCAAGAAAAUGGACGAAGUCUUAGAGAAGAUAAUUAACGAGCAUGCAAAAGAAGCGCAAUACAAGAAAAAUCAGCCGAAAGAUUUCAUUGAUGAGUUGCUUUCCUUGAUGGAUAAUUCUCAAGAGGAGAUUGAUCGAGCUAAUAUCAAGGCACUCAUGAUAGAAAUGAUUGUGGGUGCAUUCGACACUUCAGCAGCCACCGUUGAGUGGACAUUUGCAGAACUCCUAAGGAACCCAAGGGUGAUGAAACGCCUCCAAGAAGAGAUGGAUAAUGUCGUUGGAUUGAAUAGAAUGGUGGAGGAGAAAGAUCUGCCCAAGUUAACCUACUUAGAAAUGGUGAUCAAAGAAAGCUUGAGGCUGCGUCCUGUUGGACCAUUAUUAAUCCCACACGAGUCCACAGAAGACAUCACUAUUAAUGGAUAUCACAUUCCAAGCAAAUCUAGAAUCAUGGUUAAUGCUUGGGCAAUCGGGAGAGAUCCCAGUGCAUGGCCAGAUAAUGCAGAAGAAUUUUUCCCUGAAAGGUUCAAGGCUACAAAUAUAGAUCUUCGUGGACAUGAUUUCCAGCUUAUCCCAUUUGGUUCAGGACGUAGAGGGUGCCCAGGAAUGCAUUUAGGGCUCACCACUGUUCGGCUUGUUCUGGCCCAGUUAUUGCACUGCUUUGAUUGGGAGCUCCCUGAUGGUUUGUUGCCUAAUGAAAUGGACAUGAGCGAGAGAUUUACCCUCACAAUGCUCAAAGCAACCCAUUUGCUUGCUGUACCAAAGUAUCGCUUGCUUGUUGACAAUGUUUAAGUUUGCAGUGAAUCUUGUAUGAUCGGCAUGUGCAUGCUUAGCUUCUAUGAUGUUCUUGGUGCUGCAUAAAGCUGAAUUAUCACCAAUAUAUGAGAAGAAGAUCAAGCUACUGUAAUAAUGGAAAAGUUUGUACUCAUUAUUAAAUAAUUAUUUAUCCUAGUUUUU